GUGAAAAUAAAAAACAGGAAAAAAGAGGUAAAAACUCAGAGAAAUCAUGCAAAAAAGAUCAGUUAAAGCACCAGUAAAUAUUGCAGUUAUUAAGUACUGGGGAAAAAGAGAUAAAGAAUUAAACCUGCCAUUGAACGGAUCAUUAUCAGUUACUCUGUCAAUAUCUAAGUUAUAUACGUUAACUAGUGUUGCAUGCAGCAGAGGGUUCAAAAAGGACAGAUUUUGGCUGAAUGGAAGAGAAGAAAAUGAGUUAAAUGAGAGGAUGAAAACAUGUCUUUUAUUGCUUCGAUCGUUGAGAAGAUCAAAAGAAAGCAGAGAACCCGGAUUAGAAAGACUAAGUGAACAAUAUCUUCAUAUUGUUUCGGAGAAUAAUUUUCCUACGGCGGCGGGAUUAGCAUCAUCAGCAUCGGGAUAUGCGGCACUUAUUAAAGGGAUUGCGGAGUUAUAUGAUCUUGAUGAGUCAUCGGAAGAAUUGUCAUGUAUUGCACGUCAAGGAUCAGGGUCAGCAUGUCGUUCUUUAAUGGGUGGAUUUGUAUUAUGGAAGAUGGGAGUUUUAAAGGAUGGAUCGGAUUCAUUUGCAGAACAAAUAGCAUCUAAAACGCAGUGGGAAGAUUUACGUGUUCUUAUUAUUAUAGUAUCAUCUUCGUCGAAAAAAGUAUCAUCUACAAAAGGUAUGCAAGCAACAGUAUUAACGUCUAACUUGUUUCAACAUCGAAUUAAACAUGUGGAUUUUUAUAUAAAAAAGAUGGAGAAUGCAAUUAAACAGAAAGAUUUUGAAUCAUUUGCAGAAUUAACAAUGAAGGAUUCAAAUCAAUUUCAUGCAACAUGUCUUGAUACAUUUCCUCCUGUUUUUUAUUUAAAUGAUACAUCAACAUCUCUUAUUCAAUUGAUACAUGAAAUUAAUCGUCUUUCGAAAAAAACCAUUGCAGCAUAUACAUUUGAUGCGGGUCCUAAUGCUGUUAUAUAUUUUCUUAAGGAAAAUGAAGAUUUAUUAUUAGGAACAUUACAUGAUUGUUUGUCUAAUGUCGACGGUUGGUCAUAUAAAUAUAAUAAUAUUAAACUUAAUAUUUCUGAUGAUUAUUUUUUACCAAUUCAUGGAAAAGUCAAUAAAGUAAUUAUAACAGAAAUCGGCGAUGGAACUGUACAAACUUCUGAAAGCUUAAUAAAUUCUAAUGGAUAUCCAAUUUAUAAUUGCAAUAGUAAGGAAAAAGUAUAAAAUUUUAUUGAUUUUCGAGGGCAUAAUUUCUAUAAUAUAUAUAUU